CUUGAGACAAGGCCAGAAGUCUUAUCUGAUUUAUUAAAUACAUUGUCGUAAUAAAAUACUCCAGACGGCCCCCAGCUUUACAGAAAUGAUGUACGAAAGAAUUGUUCCAGUACUGGUCUCUUUAAUCAUAUGUUUGCAUCACGGCGUUUUAGCGAGCCAAUGUCCAGACAGAGCAUCUUCUGUUGGUAAAGAGUUUAUGUUUGGAGUGUGUGGAGUACCUGACACUUCACAACUUUACGUCUAUAUGGCUUCAACGUCAAACACGCCUGCACAAGUGAGGAUUACAGCCCCUUUCAAUAACUACGACAGCCAGCAUACGGUUUCAAAUAAAACAGUUGUCAGUUUGUCUACUUCGCUAAUUCAAUCAGAAAGCGGGCGUCAAUUCAAAGGUAUCGAAAUAAAUUCGGAUAUUGACAUAUCAGUUUCCGUCAUCCCUUAUUCCAGUUACUAUGACACAGAGGGAUUUCUUGUUCUACCUACUUCUGCACUAUCUACUAGAUAUGUAGCCGCAUCAUAUCACCCUUACAGUUCGUACAAAAACGAAAUAUUAGUUGCCGGCAUUGACGGUAACACCGACGUUACAUUUAACUACACCACCGAUGGAAAAAGCUACACAACAGCUAAAGUGCGUCUACAGAAAUUCCAGACAUACCAACUUCUAGUAAAUCACGACUUAAGUGGAGCUGUUAUAACAAGCAACAAACCAAUUGCGGUAUUUGCAGGAUCCGCUUACAGCCAAAUUCCGGUUGGCAUAGGUACCUAUAAUUACAUAGUAGAACAAAUGAUUCCAACCAAGUACUGGGACAAACAAUACAUCGUUCCUCCAUUUUAUCCUCAUAAUUAUUAUAUUGUUAAGGUGUUUGCUGAUGAGGACAAUACGGAGAUACAGUACUAUAACAGUACUAAACACUUCGCAGCGUACAUGGACAAGGGAUCCUUCGUCGAAAUACUACUUGGUUCAGAGCCAGUUGUAAUCCUUUCUACGAAACCAGUAAGUGUGAUUCAGUACUUUCACGACGGAGAAAACAUGUAUGGUAACCCAUUUAUGACCACGGUACAAGGACUUGGGCAGUACCUAUCCUCGUACAAAUUUUAUACAGAAAAUUUUGACAGUACAACUAGCACAAUUGCAGUAACAGUAAAAAGAAAUGACAGCAGUGGACUUAUAUUAAAUGGAAAAUCAAUGUCAUCGUGGAGUGCUAAGACUCGCAAUGUAUCACGUCCAGUGGAGGAUUAUGUCACUUUGUUUGUUAACAUCUCAUACAACACAUUCUACAACAUUCAUCACACCGGUGGUAUCAAAUUUGGUGCAACAUUGUACGGAAGAUUUCACCCUUAUACCGCAUACGGAUAUCCAUUGCAGCUUGCACUAUCCAAUAUCGAAUGUACGACAACAACCAAUAUCCCAGGUGUCAUUCCGUCACAUCAUAACAACACAAAUGGAGGUCAUCAUGUCUAUGAAAUAGGAAAUGGUACAUGGUGUUUUCAGUGUGAAAAUAUGUCACAUCUCCAGUACUGCGAUAAAGUAACACGUUGCCACACCCAAAAGGAGGUAUGCUACAUACAACGAUACACAAGAAGCAACAAUGUACAGUUAUACAGGUCAGGAUGUAUGCCAAGAAACACGUGUCAAAGUUAUGGGGAUCAAAUAGACUGUCAGCAGUGCUGUAACGGUAGUUUCUGUAAUGUAGCAGGAUGUGGAGACGAUGGCCUGCCAAGUUUUCAGAGUAGAGGACCAUUUUGCUUCGACUGUGAACACCAAGGAGCAGACGAAGUUUGCCAGACGAUACAGAUGUGUCGUCUUGAUCAGGUUUGCAAAAUAGAGACAUAUGAAUGGGGUAGUGGCUAUCACAACAUCAUGGGCUGUGCUGACAACCAGUUCUGUAAAGCCAAGAGAGAGGUACGUGAAACUCAUGCACGUCAUGCUCCGGUGUGCUACCACUGCUGCCACUCUGACUUCUGUAACAUGAAUUGCACCGCCGCACAUUUUCAACAAGUCGUCGGUAUGUCACCAUAUGUUUUCUUGUAAUUACGGAAUUGAAUAUUACUUAUAUAAAUAUAUAUUUGUGAUACAGCAAGAAAACUUCGUUAUUACAAAAAUAAAUUUCUAGAUUUGCA